AUGCAAGCACUUUCAUUGAACGGCAAUCAAAACACUGGAAUUAUUCCAUCAAUUGCAAAGCUUCCAAACUUUGAGCGUCUUUACUUGUGGAGAAAUAAUUUCAGUGGGCCAUUUCUCGAUUUCAUCACAAAUGCUUCCAAGCUUUCCAAGAUAGAUAUUUCAUUUAACUCAAUCGCAGGCUUCAUUCCUGGUACAAUUGAAUAUGGAAGAGAAGAAAAGGUGUCUAGACAAGGAGAUGUGUACAACUAUGGUAUCAUGCUAAUGGACACAUUUACCAAGAAGAAGCCAACAAAUGAAAUGUUUAUAGAAGAAAUGAGCUUAAGGAGGUGGGUUGGUGUAUCAUUAUGCAGUACAGUGGUGCAAGUGGUGGACAUAAAUUUGCAUACAAGAGAUGAUGAACAUUUCUCAAGCAAGGAAGAAUGUGUAUCAUCUAUCUUGAGCUUAGCUAUGGAGUGUACAAGAGAAUCACCUUUAGAGAGGCUCACUAUGAAAGAAGUAGUGACAAGACUCAUCAAAAUUGAAGCCUAA